GUCAUGUGAGGGAGCAUGCCCCGCCCACAGAGCGAGAGCUGCGCGCUGAUUGGUCAGCGUGAUUGUCAGUCAUUCGGUGUUUUAAAAACAAGCUCGGUGAACUGUAUUUUCGCUAUUUCGCCACAGCUCAGCCGAGGUGAAGUGAAGAUGGUGAUGAUGAAGCUGUUGGUCGUGGUGACGGUGUCGUUGGUGUCGUUGGCGCUCGGUUUUCCGACACAGGAGACGGGAAAGGGAAAGAACUGGGUCGUCCUCGUAGCCGGAUCUAACGGCUGGUACAACUACAGACACCAGGCCGAUGUGUGUCACGCGUAUCAGAUCGUCCAUAAGAACGGGAUUCCGGACGAGCAGAUCGUGGUGAUGAUGUACGAUGAUCUGGCGCAAAGUCAGGAGAACCCGACUCCAGGAGAGAUCAUCAACAGGCCCAACGGUUCGGACGUUUAUAAAGGAGUGCUGAAAGAUUACGUCGGUGAAGCUGUGACCCCUGAGAACUUCCUGGCGGUGCUGAAGGGCGACGCGAGCGGUGUGAAGGGAGGAUCAGGAAAAGUGCUGAAGAGCGGGCCGGACGAUCACGUGUUUGUUUAUUUCACUGAUCACGGCGCUCCCGGGCUCUUGGCCUUCCCCGAUAGUGAGCUCUAUGUGAAAGAUCUGAUGGACACGGUGCAGUACAUGCGCGACAACAAGAAAUACAAGAAGAUGGUGUUUUACAUCGAGGCGUGCGAGUCCGGCUCCAUGAUGAAGCCGCUGCCGGUUGACAUCGACGUGUACGCAACCACGGCGGCGAACCCUCACGAGUCGUCCUACGCCUGUUACUACGACGAGGCCAGAGACACGUAUCUGGGAGACUUGUACAGCGUUAACUGGAUGGAGGAUUCAGACGUGGAGGAUCUGGGUAAAGAGACACUUGGUAAGCAGUUUAAGAUCGUCAAGAGCGAGACCAACACCAGCCACGUCAUGCAGUACGGAAACAAGACCAUGUCCAGUAUGAAGGUGAUUCAGUUCCAGGGUAACUCUCUGGGCGGAGCCAGGCCGGCUGAACCCGUGUCGUUGCCCCUGGUUAAACGCCGUGACAUCACACCCAGCCCCGACGUCUACCUCUCCGUCCUGAAGAGGAAGCUGAUGAAGAGCAAUGACAUCACCGUUGCCAGGGGUUACCUGAUGGAGAUCAGCGCCCACAUGAAGGUGCGUGAGCUGCUGGCGAACACAGUGCGUAAGGUGGCGGAGCGGGUGAUGGGCACACACCUGGAGGUUCAGCAGGUGAUUGAGGAGCGUCAGGAGCUGACACAGUACGAGUGUUACAGAGCCGCGGUCACACACUUCAAAACACACUGCUUCAACUGGCACGAUCAGCAGUACGAGUACGCUCUCAGACACCUGUACGUGUUGGUGAAUCUGUGUGAGAGAGGACACCAGGCUCAGCGGAUCAUGGCAGCCAUGGAUGAUGUGUGUUACUUCCGGCAGUAAACACACACACACACACACACACACACACACGCCGGUGUGAUGGAGGAUGACGGAGUCUCGGCUGAUUCUGUUUUUUUGCACAAAUCACAUCUGAGAGUGAUUUUAUUAAUUUUUUUUUUAUUACUUCAAUCAGACUAUUGUUUUAUUGUUUUUAUUCCUCAGUGAGCCAUUGUGUUAAUGAAUGUUGCACUGUUUUUAACAAAAAAACAUUUAAUUUGACAUUUUAUCUUUUUGUGUGUGUGAAUGUUAAUCUUUAGAAUUUUGGGGAGAAAUUCACUGAAGAGGGUUUGGUGGGAAACGCUGCUGCUGAAACGCUAAAAUGAUAAUGAAAACACUGACCACACACACACACACACACACACACACACACAGCGACACCUAGUGGCUGUAACACUCAUCACACUUUAAACUCAUCCCUGCUGUUAGAAUAUUUCGAGUUAAUUAUUCUGCCUUUAUUAAGUGGCCUUGUUUAGAUAGUUAGUCCUGUGGGUGUGUGUGUGCUUUGAUGUGUGUUAAGUCUGUUAUCUCUGCACUCAACGUUACUGAAUAUAACCCCACACUGAUGUUAUAAUAACCGCAUGCUCAUUAACGUGCAUUUAAUCUUCAGCUGUGAAGGAUGUGAGAGCUGCAGGGAUUAAACCAGGAGAAAUAGGGAUUAUAAAUUCACUGAAAUUCAGAAAACAAAGCAGUUCGAUGUCCGUUUGACCUGAUUACUGAAAUAAAUCUGAAUAUGGAUCCAAACAA